ACCAAAAAUCCUUUUCUCUAUCUUUCUACUUUUCUUUCAUUGAAAUUGUUCACAGACCAUAUAUCAGAAUUAUAGUUCAAAAGCUGUAAGUAUGGCAGCUUUUCGCUUAGUCAUCGUCGUCAUAACCCUUGUGUUUGUUCCCUUAUUUCUGUUUUGCUCGUCUGUUUCCGGGUACUCAUUUAAUAAUGUUAAGGUUUGGUGCAACCAAACACCUAAUCCUCAACCAUGUGAGUAUUUCCUGAACAACAACAAUCAAAUUCACAACCAGAAGAUUAUCAUCAAACACAAAGAUGAUUUUCUCAAACUUUCACUUCAACUUGCCCAAGAGCGAGCCUUGAAAGGUCAUGCAACAACUCUCUCAUUAGGCCCUAAGUGCAGAAACUCACGUGAGAAAGCUGCAUGGGCUGAUUGCAUUGAGCUUUACGAGCAAGCCAUUCAGAAACUCAACAAAACCCUAGACCCCAACACAAAAUGCUCCAAAGCUGAUGCUCAAACAUGGCUCAGCGCAGCUGUCACCAACCUCGACACGUGCCGGGCCGGGUUCUACGAGCUUGGGGUUCAAGACUACGUGUUGCCCUUGAUGUCUAACAACGUUACCAAGCUUCUGAGCAACACUUUGGCUCUAAAUAAGGUUCAAUAUCAAGAAGAUGAACCGAGUUACUAUAAUAAAGAUGGGUUCCCAACAUGGGUGAAGCCUGGUGAUAGGAAGCUAUUGCAGAGAUCUUCUAGUUCUACAGCUACUAAGGCUAACGUUGUGGUGGCUAAAGAUGGGUCUGGCAAGUACACGACUUUGAGUGCUGCUAUAAAUGCUGCACCAAAGAGUAACAGUGGGAGAUAUGCGAUAUACGUGAAAGCUGGGAUUUACAAUGAACAGGUUGAGAUAAAGGCAAAGAAUAUCAUGUUGAUGGGAGAUGGUAUUGGGAAGACUAUAAUCACUGGAAGCAAAAGUGUUGGAGGAGGCACCACAACCUUCCGAUCUGCUACUGUUGCUGUCGUAGGAGAUGGGUUUAUUGCUCGAGACAUAACAUUUAGGAAUACUGCUGGAGCAUCGAACCAUCAAGCCGUGGCACUUCGUUCUGGAUCAGAUUUAUCUGUUUUCUACAGAUGUAGCUUUGAAGGUUACCAAGACACAUUAUAUGUUCACUCUGAUAGACAAUUCUACAGAGAAUGUAACAUUUAUGGCACUGUGGAUUUCAUCUUUGGAAAUGCAGCAGCAGUUUUCCAAAACUGCAACAUUUUUGCCAGAAACCCUCCAAACAAAGUCAACACGAUCACGGCCCAAGGUCGAACGGAUCCGAACCAAAACACUGGAAUUUCCAUCCACAAUUGUAGGGUUACAGCUGCCUCAGAUCUAAAACCAGUUCAGAACUCUGUAAAAACCUAUCUUGGAAGGCCAUGGAAACAAUAUUCUCGAACAGUGUUUAUGAAGACUUAUCUUGAUGGCUUGAUAAACCAGGCUGGUUGGAUGGAAUGGAGUGGUAACUUUGCCUUGAACACUUUAUAUUAUGGAGAGUAUAUGAACACGGGUCCAGGUUCAUCAACAGCAAAUAGAGUUAAGUGGUCAGGUUACCGUGUGAUUACUAGUGCUUCGGAAGCUUCAAAGUUCACUGUUGCUAACUUCAUUGGUGGAAACUCAUGGAUUCCUGCUACUAAUGUGCCUUUCACCUCUGCUCUAUGAAUUUCACUUGUUUAGUUGUUUUAUUAUUAUGCCUCUAUUCUGUUGAUGUUUGUUGUUGUUUCUUUCACACCACAUGUUCAUUGGUUCUAAUUCUUUAAUUUGUCUUGCCAUAAUCAUUUGUAAUAACCCUUGUAGUGUACUUGAAAGGGAACAAUAUUGGUUUGCAUGUGUAACAAAUAAAUAAGGUUUUAUUUGUAUGUGUUCAGAAUAUGCUCUUAUGCGUAUAAACUUUACAAGUUUCGUCCUUAUAUAUUAAGAUCCUCUCUGUCUCUCUACAUAA